AUGCGCGGUCUCUGCAGACAUCGGGCGGCGAUCGGAGGCGGAGCAUCACGGAGACUCCUUUUAACGACGCGAAACGUCGUCGUAGUUUGGGAACGUAGCUCUAUCUAUAAGAGAAAAAACACAACCUUCGCUUCUGCAAUUACAAAUUCACAAGGCAGUACCUUUUUUGGAAGCGGAUUCUCGAAAAUUCGUCCAGCUGAGUAUAAUUCAAUCAUCAAAAGGACCAGCUCGAGCUCAAUUUAUGACUACAAUGUACGAUUAGGGGAAUUGAGUAGACGAGGAAAUGUUAAAGGAGCGCGAAAACUGUUCGAUGAAAUGCCUGAACGGGACAAGGUGUCGUACGCUUCGAUGAUAAGUAUUUAUCUAAAGCACGAUGAGUUUCACAAGGCUGAGAGUGUCUAUUUUGAGAUUCCUGAAGGGAUGAGGAGCAUUGUGGCAGAUUCUGCUAUGGUGGAUGCAUAUGCAAAGGCCGCUAGAAUGAAUCGAGCGAAGGAGGUGUUUGAUAAAAUGCCUGAGAGAAAUGCGUUCUCGUGGACAAGUUUGAUCUCGGGAUACUUUGAAUCAGGGGAAGUUGAUGAUGCUGUCAAGCUUUUUGGGAGAAUGCCUGAUAGAGAGAAAAACGUGGUUACUUGGACAAGUGUGAUUAACGGGUUUGCACGAAACGGGCUGGUUGAUGAAGCUCGAGAUGCUUUUGAUCGGAUGCCUUUGAAGAAUGCCGUGGCGUGGACCUCAAUGAUUAAAGCAUAUGUGGAGAUUGAUCGGGUUGAUGAAGCAUUUUCACUCUUUUGUGUGAUGCCGGAGCAGAAUUUGUAUGCUUGGAGUAUUAUGAUAAGUGGGCUUUUGAAUGUGAAUAGAGUUGAUGAAGCCAAGGAACUGUUUGAUUCGAUGCCAUGGAGAAAUGCUAUUUCUUGGACCACCAUGGUCACGGGUCUUGCAAGAAAUGGGAUGACUGAGUUGGCAAGGGAAUACUUCGACCAAAUGCUUAACAAGGAUACUGCAGCAUGGAAUGCAAUGAUCACAGCCUAUGCUGAGGAAGGCCGUAUGGAGGAGGCCAGGGAACUUUUCAACAUGAUGUAUAAAAGAGACAUCAUCACUUGGAAUACGAUGAUUGGUGGUUAUUCCAAGGGCCGGCAUGAGGAUGAAGCCUUUCGCCACUUUGAUUUGAUGCUUCAAAGUGGCAUUAGGCCGAACGAGUCGAGUGUUACUAACCUGUUGACUUCUUGUGGAGGUAUGAUGGGGGUAGUUCAAGCUCACGGGCUCAUUGCUCGCCUUGGGUUUGAGAUGUUAACUCCGGUGGCUAAUGCUUUGAUUACGAUGUAUCAUAGAAGUGGUGAUGUCAUCUCGGCUCAAAUUGCUUUCCAAAAUCUUGAUGCAAAGGAUGUUGUCUCUUGGACUGCAAUCAUAGUAGCAUAUUCUAAUCACGGAUAUGGGAUACAGGCUUUGCAGGCAUUUGCUCAGAUGCUACGAUUAGGGCACAGCCCAGACGUAGUUACAUUUGUGGGAGUCUUGUCAGCCUGUAGCCAUACUGGUUUCGUCAAAAAAGGUCGAAUGCUUUUUGACUCCAUGAAGAGAGGUUAUGGCUUGGAACCGACACCGGAGCACUACUCCUGCCUCGUUGACAUCCUGGGGCGAGCAGGGCUUGUUAAGGAGGCUGUGAAAGUGGUAGACGAGAUGCCUCCUGAUAAAUGUGAUAGUGCAGUUCUUCAGUCCUUGAUUGGUGGUUGCAGAUUGCUUGGCGCUGACGGAGUGGCUGAUUAUAUAGGUGACGAACUGAUAGAGCUUGAUCCAGCCUGCUCUGGUGGAUAUGUGCUAUUGUCUAAUCUAUAUGCAGCAACUGGGAAAUGGGAUAAGUUUGCGCAGUUAAGAAAGAAGAUGAAGGAAAGAGAAGUCAGAAAAGUUCCCGGUUUCAGUCAAAUUGAAGUUAAUGGCAAGACUCAUGUGUUUUUGGUGCGUGAUGGAGCUCAUCCUGAACUGAAGGAGAUUUACAAGUUUCUUGAUGAGAAGCUCACCCCCUUGGUGAAAGAUUUUGGGUAUGAAAUCGCUAUUUUAUCUGCAUUCUCUACACAAUCGGGCGCCUUGUAAUUGUAGAGCACAUUGAGGUGAAUUUGGAGGAGUUGUGUUGGUUAUUCUCAACUUUGUUCGAUAGCAAUUCCGUUCGUGCAUCAGAUUUUUGCAAGUCUUUGUGAAAUUCAAUUGGAGUUUACUUGUUCCUGGUCCAAGUUUGUCACAUCAUCAAGUAACAAAGCAAACUCAGGCAGUUCCAGCAAGCAAUGAACAGAAAGAUACUCAACAUAUCAUCUGUCCUAAUCCGAUCCGCCCUCGUACAACUUCCAUAUUAAUUUGGAAGUCAAGAUUCCUUAGAGUUGCAUAGUUAGCCCCUCUACCAAACAGGUUGGCUGCAGGGUGGUCUCUGUCCGCCCCCUACUCCGGUAGAAAGUCCCUCCAACAUCUGUCCAUCCGCUCCGGUUCCUUUGUCAACCCCACCUCCGUCCGAGCACUCAGAUAAUCCUCACUUUAUCAACCUUGCUCAACUGAUAUAAGUGUCACAUGAUGGGCUAUGUUCCCACCUAAACUGGCCCCUCCAACGAAGCCUCUACCAGUGUCCGUAUUCACAGGGGCGAGGCCGUAGUUCACAGACGCGACAACUAUAGGGACUCGCGCAUCUACAUACAUGGCUGCAGAGGUGGUCGGGGACCUUGGAGUCGAGGGCAUACUUGGUGAACCCAACGCGGCAUGAUAAAUGUACUGUUUGGUAAAUAAACUUCUCUAAGCUAAUUCAUGUUUACUUCGUUUUUCAUGAAAUAAAUUUAAUGUUAAUUUAG